UCUAUACCGUGCUGGUUCGUGUUUGCUUAAUAGUUAUGUGUUGUGCCCGCCCUAGUGAAGUGAUAAAAUGUUUGUAAAUAAUGUCCAAAGAUGGAUUUUGAUGUUCAAACGCAACGAAUAGGCAUGCGUUGGACGCUGCUAAUAUCUGUUGUUUUCUUAAAUAUAUGUUUGCCGAAUCUGUUGCUAGCCUACGGUGUAUUAUGGGUUCAUCUCUCUAGUUUCGACGUGCCUCUAUGGCUAGGCCUCUCUACUUCAGCAACUUUUAUGUUGACCUAUGGUCUAACACAAUGCUGGUUCAGAGAAGCAGCGGAUUCUUGGGGGAGGUCGAACGGAUACAGAAUAAUGGCUACAAUAGGACUUUUCUUUGUGGUAGCUGGGAUAUUUCUGUGCGCAUUUGUGCCUCUCUAUUUGCAUACAUUUAUUUAUGGAAUUUUCGGUGGCCUGGGCUCAUCUCUUAUUUCAGCACAAGUCGACGCUGUUAUAUUUGAAUCCUAUGAUUCAAGAUUAGUUCUGAUACGUGGUAUGUGUUUUACUGGACAAGCAGUAGGCCAAACGAUAUUUCCACAUAUAUUGACAACAUUAGUUGAGGCAUAUGGAUAUAGCUUUGCCUACAUUGUGCUAGCUGGUAUUAUUCUACAGACACUUCCAGUAAUUCUAUUCUUGAAAGUAGACGAAACCGUUAGAAGGCCUGUUUCUUUCUCGAGAUACAAAGACGUUUCUCGUGAGUAUGUAGCCUAUAAAAAUGAGGCGUUGGAUAAUUUCUACGGCAAUGAGGUGCAAUUACAUAAUUUGAAUAAGAAAUGUUGGAAAAACCCUUCGGAUGACCACUUACACAGGGAAGAAGAUGAUAACACAGAAAAAAAUAUUGCCGAAACCAUAACACCACCACCAAGUCCAGAAGAGAAAAGAAGAAAUAUAUUUGGUGUUGAUAUCUUACCAGACAUACCAGAAGAGAGUGAAGAGAGUGACAGUGAUGAAUUUCAUGUCUCCGAUAAUAUGACAAAUAAUAAAGCACGGUUAAGUAUAGCAAUUAAAAGACUGAGCAUUUUAGGUGAGAACAUAGAUGGAUGUAUAGUUAAUCAAGUAAGGAGAGACUCUCAGCCGGAAGGCGAACAAAAUAAUGACAAAGAAUUUACAGAAGUAGAAGUAAGGUACGAAACUAUACCAACACCGAUGACUGAUAUCCACACAGAAAAGAUUUUUAACUCCUUUAGCUUCCGAUGCCAAUCAGCUUACAUGAAUAUGAAAAGAAAUGUAAUGAUUCCCUCCUAUCGAAUGUAUAGGAUAAAAAGGAGAUUUACUUUUGUAAUGUAUAGCAUCAACGAUACUUUCUUCAAACCUUUAAAAAGAUCUUUGUCGUGUGCACGUUUUUACCCAGCUUUAUUGCUGUGUUUCGCUAGAGCGGGGUUAUCGACAAUCUCAAUUGUUUUAUUGCCAAUGAUAGCUUUGGAAGUCCGUCCAAAAAUUGCAAUCUUAGAGAUGGAUUUCUUGAUGUCAUUACACGGCUUCACGUGGAUAUGCUUUUUGUUGUGCACACCAUGGCUUGCACAAACGCCUAAAAGAAAUUAUAAAUAUUUUCUUGUAAUUGGACUUAUAAUAUCAACAACAUCUACGUUUGUUUUAGCAGCAGACAAUAACCACGACUCGUAUUCAAUUGGAUGCGUAAUAGCUGGUUUUGGUUAUGGUGCAGUCACAUCUUGUUGGGAAACGACUGUUCAAGAUUUCGUUGGAGCUCGGAAAUGGCCUAAAAUUCAUAGCACAUUAGAAACAUUAUCAUCAACAUUACUUGCAGUAUUUGUAGUAGCGCUUUCAUUUCUAGUUGAAAAGGAAGGUGGCUUACAGUUCGUGAUGUUUUUAAUCGGCAUCAUAUUAACAUUAAUAUCUGUCGUAUGGUUAAUAAUAGCGCUUGUAUCGAUUUAUUUUACUAAAGUCAAGUCGAUGAGCUUAAACAUGAAAUCUUUUAUUUGAGCAGUAAAUACAAUUCAUUCAUACUUUGAGAUACUGUUGGAAGAUUUGUACAUAAU